CUCGUUCACUGACGCUGGGCUGGUUUGUGUGAGAGGAGUACUGAAAGAGAUCUGUUUCUGGUUAGCUGUGUGUUAAUAGUAUGCGAAAGAUGCUAACCAUAAUAUCUAACGUUCUGAGGGGAAGCGCCAGCAGGAACGGAGCCGAACUGGUAUCAGAGGGUGCAAGAGUGGUGGUAUCUGCCAGGACCUAUGCAGACUUUACCCCUCAGGCCACCUUUGAUAUUAAGAAAUGUGACUUACACAAGCUGGAGGAAGGCCCACCACUGCAGGCCAUGCUUUCAAGAGAGGAGGGGCUUCAGUACUACCGCACAAUGCAGACCAUGAGACGCAUGGAGCUCAAAGCCGAUCAGCUCUACAAGCAGAAGAUCAUCAGGGGCUUCUGUCACCUUUAUGAUGGACAGGAAGCGUGUGCGGUCGGUAUUGAGGCAGGUAUUAAUCUAUCAGAUCAUCUUAUCACAGCGUAUCGUGCCCACGCGUACACUCUCACUAGAGGGGGCACCGUUCGUGAGAUCAUGGCAGAGCUCACAGGCCGUAGAGGAGGUAUUGCUAAAGGAAAGGGAGGGUCUAUGCAUAUGUACACUAAAAAUUUUUAUGGAGGAAACGGAAUUGUGGGAGCUCAGGUGCCUCUUGGGGCAGGUGUAGCGUUGGCCUGCAAAUACCUGGGCAAGAAUGAGCUGUGUGUCUGUCUCUAUGGUGAUGGUGCUGCAAAUCAGGGUCAGAUCUUUGAGACGUAUAAUAUGGCAUCCCUGUGGAAGCUGCCCUGCAUCUUCAUUUGCGAGAAUAACAAAUACGGCAUGGGUACUUCUGUGGAGAGAGCAGCCGCUAGUACUGACUACUACAAGAGAGGCGAUUUCAUCCCUGGAUUGAGGGUGGAUGGCAUGGACAUUCUUUGUGUAAGGGAGGCCACCAAAUUUGCUGCUGAACACUGCAGAUCAGGAAAGGGUCCCAUUCUGAUGGAGCUGCAGACCUAUCGUUACCAUGGACACAGUAUGAGUGACCCAGGAGUCAGUUACCGCACGCGUGAGGAGAUCCAGGAGGUGCGCAGCAAGAGUGACCCCAUCUCGAUGCUGAAGGAUCGCAUGCUGAGCAACAACAUGGCCAGCGUGGAGGAGCUUAAGGAGAUUGAUGUCGAGGUAAGGAAGGAGAUUGAAGAUGCCGCUCAGUUUGCCACCACAGACCCUGAGCCUCCACUGGAUGAUCUUUGCAACCACAUCUUCUACAAUAACCCUCCUAUGGAAGUGCGUGGCACUAACCCCUGGACCAAGCUCAAGUCUGUCAGCUAAAUUGCCUUCCUUAUCAUCCUAAGUCCCCGCCUCUUCCUACCAGUUGACCCUCUCCUGUUGAAGCUCACAGAAAAAUAUGAUCACCUCCACUAUGGCUAUAGAUUUCAUAGACAGUUAUUGGGAAACUCAGCCAAAUCUCUCAGCCACAUUGUGAUAAGUUGCUUCAUUUCACAUUUUAUCAUUGGCUUGUUUUCUUGUUGUCUUCAUCAACUACAAUACUGACCCUGACUAUAAUUUUAAAACCUAGAUAUUUUUUCAUCUUAUAUUGGAAAUAUAUGUCAUAAAUAAAUAAUGUAAUGCGCGCACACACACACACAUCAGUUUAUAUAUCAACGAGUGUGUUUUGACUGAGGUGUCUGUGAAAUGCAACCAUUUUGCAGUUCUAAUUUGACAAAAUAUUUAAAGGGAAAUGUUUAUUAACAUUUAUAAAUUGUAAAUCUGUGGCCAUAUUACAAAAAGUUUGUGUGAUAUCUAUGGGAUCUAAAAUAGGAUAUUUCAUUUCGGUUGUUUCUUAACACUCUGCCAAUUCAAUCAAGUGUUUGAGUGUUUAAACAAAAAAUGCAAAUGAAAACUAAGAUGAAUAAGAUUUAAAUUAAACACAGCUUAAAAUGUUGCUUUAGAAUGGGAAAAGGUUCAUAGAUGCUUACCCUUUCACUCUCUUGAACUUUUAUUUAAAACUGGGUUUUUGUUGUCAUGUGUAUAUAUUAUGAAAAAUUGCUUUUGUUACAAACAAUGUUACUGGGGAUAUAACUUCACAUUUGGCAAUUCCAGUGUAUUAAUGGUUGUUUUAAUAGAAUUUGUUUAAAAUCUCUGGUAAUUGGGAAAGUAACAAUUGUUGCAAUAGAUGUUAGGAUGCUGUUGAGAUGUUAAAGGGGGCAUCGGGGUCACAGCUUAAAACGUUUGCUGUAUUGGCCAGGAUGAGUCAACAAGAUCAGGCAAUGUAUGUGUCAUCCAAUGUGGUCUUUAUACCAUACAACAACAAAUAAAUAUUUCAAAU